CAGAACACCCUUUUGCAACAAACUUGGAACUAAUCCCAAUCUCACUAUCUAAUAUAUAGUGCAGCAGUUGCUCAAGCUGUCACGGUUAUAGCAGUACGAUUUCAGCGCCCAAUUACUAGAAGACGCGGAACUCCAUCUCAACCCCCCACCUGCAUCCAUCAAUAAACGCGCCUGAGACGGCCCAGUAACAUAGGAAACCUCUUCAGGCAUAAGACGCCUAAAUAUCUUUACAAUGGCAUCCCCAAACCUCUCCACCCUCAGCUCCGACCACGCCGCCUCGAUCUCAACCAUCCUCAAUCACCUCUUCUCCGUCUUUGACGCCCACUCGAUCCUCGCCACUGCUCUUACGCCCACCUCUAUAACAAUCAACUACGCAAACGGCACCCCAGAAACCUACCUCCUACACUCCACGCGCGAGAUUCCUUUCUCACCGCCCCUCCUUUCUCUCGCCGACGCCGGCGCCCGCCUCGACCAAAUGGCCGCGGAAUCUCGCCUACGCCCCAAAUCCGGUAAAAGCAGUAUCACCAUCACCGAAUACAGGCUACCCCGCGGUAAGAACCUCAAAGUGGCGCUAUGGGGCGCGUUGAAGGUGGUGGUGUGGCCGACGGUGCGGACAAUCAUGGGCGGGAACCUGUAUACGGACCUGCUGGGGCUAUUUAGGAAAAAGUGGGCGUGUGGGAUACCGGCUUUCUUCGUGAUACAAACGAUGUGUGUGCAAUUUGGGUCAACGGGGUUAGUUCUGGUGCCGAAGUUGCACAAGUAUAACGUGCCGUUUGGGUCGGUGCUGUGGUGGAAGUGGUGCUUGGGGAAUGUUCUCGGGGGGAUGACGUCGAGUUGGACGUUCGAUGAGGUGGUUCAUGAAGAGGAGGUUAGGAGGGGGGCGGAGGUGAAGAAAGCGGUCUGAGUUUGUAUGACUGAUCAUCCUCU